AUGAUUAGUGAGUUGAUGCCUUCAUCAUCUGGAAUGAGCUUCACGCCACACGUUAUCGCGGUUUCGAUAGGAGAAGACAUUGCAUCAAAGGUUAUAUCGUUCUCUCAACAAGGUCCAAGAGCGAUUUGCGUUUUAUCGGCAAGCGGAGCAGUCUCUAACGCAACUCUUCUUCAACCAUCAUCAUCUCCUGGAGCCAUUACGUACGAGGGGCGGUUUGAAAUCAUAGCCUUAUCAACAUCUUACCUAGUCGCAACUGAUGGAAGUUUCCGUAAUCGAACUGGAAACUUAUCAGUUUCGCUUGCUAGCCCCGAUGGACGUGUGAUUGGCGGUGCCAUUGGAGGGCCUUUAAUAGCAGCAAGUCCUGUUCAGGUUAUUGUAGGGAGCUUUAUCUGGGCAGCUCCAAAGAUCAAGAACAAGAAACGAGAAGAAGAAGCUUCUGAAAUUGUUCAAGACACCAAUGAUCAUCAAGCUCUGGAGAAUAGUAACAACACGGUCUCGCCUGUUCCUCAGCACCCGCCAGGCCAAAACCUGAUAUGGUCAACAGGAUCAAGGCAAAUGGAUAUGCGUCAUGCUCAUGCUGAUAUUGAUUUGAUGCGCGGAUGA